CCCACCGCAGACAGCGAAAGCAUGGGGCGUCUCUGGCCUUGGGUGCUGGGUCUGCUCUCUUUGCCAGGUUUGAUCCUAGGAGCGCCCGCAGCCUCCACCUGCACAGAAGUCUGUGGGAGCAGCUUCUCGGAAGACCUGAUCCCUGAGGAGACCCAGACAUCUUGGGACAAGGACAUCCCUGCUAUUAACCAAGGGCUCAUUCCCGAGGAAACGCCAGAGAACAGCUUCCUCCUUGAGGGGGACAUCCUCCGGCCGAGUCCCUUCCGCCUAUUGUCAGCUACAAGCAACAAGUGGCCCCAAAAUGGGGGUGUGGUGGAGGUCCCCUUCCUGCUCUCCAGCAAAUACGAUGAGCCCAGCCGUAAGGUCAUCCUGCAGGCGUUUGCCGAGUUUGAGCGCUUAACAUGCAUCAGGUUUGUUGCCUACCAUGGCCAGAGAGACUUCAUCUCCAUCAUGCCCAUGUCUGGGUGCUUCUCCAGCGUGGGGCGCAGUGGAGGGAUGCAGGUGGUGUCCCUGGCUCCCCCCUGUCUCCAGAGGGGCCCGGGCAUUGCCCUGCAUGAGCUCAUGCAUGUGCUCGGCUUCUGGCAUGAACAUUCACGUGCUGACCGGGACCGUUACAUUCGUGUCAACUGGAAUGAGAUCCUCCCAGGCUUUGAAAUCAACUUCAUCAAAUCUCGGAGCAGCAACAUGCUGGCGCCCUACGACUACUCAUCCGUGAUGCACUACGGGAGGCUCGCCUUCAGCCGGCGCGGGCUGCCCACCAUCACACCGCUCUGGAACCCCAGUGUCCACAUUGGCCAGCGAUGGAAUCUGAGCACCUCAGACAUCACACGGGUCCUCCGGCUUUACGACUGCAGCGCAAGUGGCCCCAGCCCCCGUGGGAGAGGGUUCCAGGCGCAUGGCGAUGGUGGGAGCCCCACUCCUGCCUCUGGACCACACCUGCAGCGGCUUCUGGAGGCGUUGUUGGCAGAGUCCAGGAGCCCCAACCCCAGAGACUCCAGAGCUGGCGAGAGCCCGCUGGAGUGGGAGGCGCCCGCCCCGCGGAAGUUCGAUGUGGAGGCCUCUGCACAGAGGCCUCAAGCCUCAGUUUCCUCCACAGGCUCAAGGGCUGGGGCAGGUGCUCCUGGUGUUGCCCUGGAGUCAUCCCGGCAGGCCCAAGGGCCCACUGUACCCCUAGUGCUGUCUCUAGAAGCAGAAGAGCAGCCUGCCCCUAUCCAGGCUGCUUUGGGGAAUCCAGCUCUGGGUCCUUUCAAGGAUAGACCCAGAGGUCAAGACUGUGGCUUCUGUGCCUAAGUGGGGAGGGCAUCUUCAACCCAGAGCAGCUGGGUCAAGCAACCCUUGGCCCCUCUGGGUGACACCCCUGUCUUCCAGCCUCAGUCUGGCCUCCCUGUCUGAGGCCCACACCUCUCCCUUUACCCCUUCCUUUCCUACCAUGUUUCCCCAAGGGCUCCUGGGGACAAAGGGGGACCAUCUAGGUCUGUCGGGGAAGGCAGGCCUGUUGGGAACACCUGGCUCUGCCUGCUCUCAUGUCUCCCUCAGCCCUGGAGGAUGCUGGGACUAGGAGGUGACAUGCCCCAGGGACAGGGGUUUGGAGGGGUGAGAAAAAGAUUCUAGCCUUCAAGGCUGUGGAAGUCCUCCUGUAGCUGAAGCCCAGUCCCCCAGUGUGAACUAAUGGCACUGCCCCCACCUCUCCUAUGGGCCAGGCCUUGAGGGGAGCCCCAUGCUGGAACUGUGGGAGCAGCCUCCUGUCCCUGAUACCUGGGGGCUGGGAAUGCUGCCCUGUUCCCCAGGAGGUUCUGAGCCCACCUCCCUCCCCCGAAGUUCAGGAAGGCUCCAGAGUCAUGGGGGUGUCACCACAGGGAGACAGGGAAGAGGUUGGGGCCCUCUACACAUGCACAGUGGGAAAGGCAGCAGAGGCGUGAGGACCCUGAGUACAGAACUCGAAGCUCCUUACCACUCCGCGUUGCUAUUUCCAGGAGUCUUCCUUCCCCUGUGGCUACAGGAGGCCCUAAAAGGUGGCAACAGGCUGGGCAGGUUACCCUGCUUGCCCCCCUUCAGCCAGUCUCCAGUUGUCCUCAGCUCCUGGCCUUCCCAGGGAGGGCUGUUCUGGGAGCAAAAAACACCUCCAGGGGUGCCUGCGAGCCCACCAGGAGCCCUCUGGUGGUGCUAUUCUGUGACCUGGGGUGGGGGAGAACAGGAGCCCAUGCCCUGUCCCACUGGUGCCAGGUACCUCAGAUGUUGGAGGCAGAAAUAAAGCCGGGUGUUUGCUCCAG